AUGAAGAGAAAAAAGAAGAAUGUGCGAGGCGUGCUCCGGCACGCGACCUCUUUUUCUGCCGCGCUUCCCUUCCUUCUUUUUGCCCUCAUUUACUCUCGAUGCUGCUCUGCGCUGAGGCGUCAAGCGUCACUCGUCUCUCUCCCCUCUCAUAUUGCUUCCUGGUCUCACGACUCACAUCUUCUCUCUGCUGCCUCUCCAGCUUUCGCUCAUUCUGCCGCCUCGCGCUCGCCGACCCUGCCGCGCGCUGCGGUCUCAUCCAGCCGCGCCUCUCUCGGAUUUUUGCCGUCUAGUUUGAGCUCGCAUGUGUCUCGUUUGUCGCUGCCUCACUCCCCUCUAACGCCGUCUUCUGGUGAGCGGUCGCUUUUCUUUGAUUCUGACUCUCCUCUUCAUACUCUGUGCGCCAGUGGCUCCUCUGGGCUGUCGCCUUCCGCCGAGGUAUGCAGAGGUCACAACAAAGACUCUUCUUCCGCGUAUCGCGCUUCGCUUCUCUUUUCUUCCGGCGAACGCGAGAGUGGGAGCGCUAGAGAAACGCGGAAGAGAAAGACUCGUCUGUGGAGCUUUUCCGAGACUUCGUUUUCUCUUUUUCCGCGCCUCCCCCUCUCCUGUGGUGUAUGCACACCGCAACCCCUUGCGCAUGUCCCGUCCGCUUUCCCACCUCAACUGAGCCCUGCUCGCUGUCAGGCUGUCGGCCUUGUUUCACUUGUAUCCGCUCUGUCGGGUGCUUCGCCUCUCUCUGUUUCCUCAACCUUUUUGUUUCCCGUUCGAGCCUCUGCCUCAUCUUCUUCCUUACGAUCUUCCUCAGCUUCCUCGUCUCCGCCGUGUGAUCCUCCGCUCGCUGCUUCUCUCUCAUCGCCCAGUUCUGAUUCUGCGUCUGUAAACUCUCCGUCCUCCUGCCCCUCCUCCCCGUCGUGCUCUCCUUCUCCUCCCUCUCCGCCUUCUCACUCUUCUUCUCAUCCUUCUUCUCCUUCUCCUUCGUCUUCUUCUUCUUCCUCGUUUGAUUACUAUUUUCAUCCGCUGACGUCUGCUAAGCACUAUCUCUCUGCGCAGUUUCCUUCUUCGUCUCUGUUUUCGCGUCUGGUGUCUCUGCUGCCGCCGCCGCCUUCGCCGGCGUCUCCGCGGUAUAGAGAGGAGAAGGUGGCGCGCAAGAAGCUGCGGAAGAAACACUUCCAGCUGCGGGCGUUCAUUCAGGACAAGCUCCGCGCGCGCCAGGAGAACGCCUUUCUCUUUCACCACGAGCACGACCCUUCGCUGAUGGACGAAACCGACGCGAAGAAGAAAAACAAAAUCAUUCAUCCCAUUUUCCGCUCAGUUGAGGCGACGCACCAGAAGAAACGCAUGCGCGAGCGCCGAAAGGGGCUCCUCAGGCGAGAAGCCGAACUCGAGAGAGCUCUGCAAAGGCGAAAAGACGACUCCCACGCGGAAUCUGACGAAAACUGGCACGAAGGAAGAUCGGCCUCGGAGACCUCUGCAGCUGCGGACGAAGAAGAGAAUUGCCUAGAAGACAAUGAAACACGGAAGGCGACUCCGCGAGAGCAAACGUCUCACGGCGACCGCAGAGAAGCGGCGCCCGCCGCACACAUCCAGGUGCCGGCGCCCGAUACGGAGGAGAUACACGCGGGCACCGGAGCCGCGGAGGGCGAAGAGGAAAGCGAAUCCGCGGUCGCAGCGACGACGGCGAGACGCGAGGAGCUCGAGAGGGAACUGGACGCCGUCCGCCUUCAACGGCGAGAAGUGGAGCGGGACUUGGAAGAUCUGCUGCGCCUGGAGGAGGCAGCGACGACGUAUUUGAACGCGAAGCGCCCGGAGAAGAAGAAAGCGGGUUCGCUGGGUCUGAAGGCGCGCAGGCGCCUGGCGCAGGCCGAGGCGGAGGGCAGGCGCGAAGAAGAAGGAGGCGCGUUUGCGAUCCGCGAGAUCGUGGAGGCCUCGGCGAGAAAGGAGCUUGAGAAGGAAGAGCAGAUACGAGGCGCGCGAGGGGGGGGGGCAAGCGCCGCCGUGGAGAAGCCGCCAGCCAUCAACCGCUUCCGCGAAAAGUGGGAAACCGACCCCGUGUCAGCUUACCGCCGCAAAAUGCUCGAGCGCCGCGGCCAGAUAACCAUGCCCCUCUCUGAGUCGGUGCCGGAGGCGGGCGAGGGCACCGAGGACUUUGAGCCUCUCGCCGACGCCGAGGCAGAGGCCUACUACGCGCAGGCUGCGGAUCUCGGCGCGGAGGCCCGGAGGUUGAACGCCAGAAUGCUGCAUCUCUCGCAGAAGAUUCUCGCCCGAAUCUACGUGAUUGAGCACGACUACUCGAUUUCCUUUGACGAGCGCAUGGCGCGCAUGGCGCCGCUGCGGCGAGAGCUCCAGCGCAUCCAGCGACCCUACCACAAAAUGUUCAUUUGCCUACUGAGAGAGAGAGACCGACGCACAGGAGGUCCGUCGCUCGACUACACCGUGGACAACCCGCUGCUGCCGCCUCCUGAAGAAGACUCCCAAUCGUCUCUCUCUCCUUCGCUUGAAGCACCGUUCGUCCCUCCGCCCGUGCCGCGAAACGCAGCCUGGAAGCGAAACAUCUCGCGCGACAUGUCCAUUGUGCCGUUCUACAUGCGCCUGGAGACAGGCGAGGCGCCUCGAGAAGGCUCCACGGCAGAAGAAGCAAAAGAGGAGGCAAAAGAAGAAAAGGAAGGCGAGAAAAAGAGAGAGCAUGAAGGAGAAAAAGAAGGAGAAGACGGAGAGGCGCAUUCGGCGAGCGGCGCAGGAGACUCUGCGCCUGUUCCCUACCCCGAGAGCGACGCCCACCUGCCGCGGGCGCCGCCUCGCGCGCCGCCGGUCUACCAGGAGCUCGUCUGGAAUCUGAGCGCGCCAAAGUGCUGGUCCAGCGCCUUCUACGUGCGUUCUCCGGGCGCCAGGGUCGCCGGAGACAGUGGAGACACCCGAGGAGACACUGGCAGGGACGCGGCCGGCGCGGAGCCCGAAGGCGAGGCCUGGAUGACGCCUGAAGAGGAGGAGCGCCAGCGCCGCGAGGAGCGAAAGGUCUUCUCGCGCUGGUGGACGCGGAAACAGAGAAUGCUGGCCGAAAACCAGCCAAACUUCGAAUGGACGUUCACUGCGCUGGGAGAAGGCCGGCGGACUGGAGAGUAUUUCUUCGGGCUCGACAACAUGCUCAAGUGCCGAAGAAAAAGAAAAAAGCGCCUCGGGCGCGGAGACGCCAGCGGGAAGGGCGGCUCCGCCGGCCGCGGCACCAAGGGCCAGAAGGCGCGAAGCGGCGGAAGCAUUCCUCUAAGCUUCGAGGGCGGGCAGAUGCCGCUCUAUCGCAAGCUUCCCAAGUUCGUCGGGAGGCCGCUUGGGCCUGCACAUCAAGAAAAAUAUCGAAAAUACCCUUUUCAGCUGAUUCGCCUUCCGCAGCUGAAUGUCAUGCGCAACGGAGACACCUGUGACUGGCUCACACUCAGCGAGAGCGGCGCGGCGCUGGGCAGAUUCAGAAGAGACUGCCCCGUGAAAGUUGUGGGGCCCUCGCUGAAGGCCUCCACGCAGGCGAAGGAGGGAACGAAGCUCUCUGUCCGCAAUUUGACGGUCAAGGCACACGCCUUCACGAAGCGCGCGGCGCGGGCGAUCAUCGCGCUGGGCGGCCGCUGUCUGCUGCUGCAGCGCCGCACACAGGACCGCGUAGUCGCGGAGUACAACCCCGACUACGUGCCGGCGAAGAAGUCGACCGUUGUUGCCCCGGAGGAGGAGGAGACGCCUGGCAGCGCGCAGGCGGGCACAGAGAUAGAAGACAGCGAGCGGCCGCUGCAGCAACUCGCGCGCCUCCGCCGGCGGGUGCUGUCUCUGCAGCUCCAGGGCCUGACGAAGCUCUUCCGCGCGCACCGUGAGCGGCUCCAGCGGAGUCCGCGGCCGCGGAAGCGACGCGCGCGGCGCGUCCACAACCUCGCGGCGCGCAUUGAGCGCCUCCAGGCGGAACUUGCAGACCUGCGCCAGGAGCACAGAGGCACAGAAGAAGAGGAGGAAGAAGACCUCGUCGUACUCUCCAAGAUCCCCAGGCGCUUCGUUUACCCGGGGCGCCUGCCGCCGAAGCAGCGCGACUUGCUCAGGUGGAGGCGCUUCCUUCUGAAGAAGCAGCGCGAGGCGUUGGAGCUCGAGGACUCGCGCCACGCGGCAAGCUGA